UGUGGGUUCUUACACUGUCUUCUAGCGGCAGCUGGGGUAGGCUCCUGCUCACCUCUCACCCUUUAACACAAACACCAACCUUGACAAGUCAUGGAGGAGGUGAGUUUGCACCAAUCAGAGAGCAGCCGGCCUCUGUAAUGCAGACAAACCUGUUGACACUCACGGAAACACACACACACACACACACACACACACACACACACGGUCGCAUACUCGUCGGAAUCAUCGCUAACAUCAUGAACACUGACAAGACAUCCCCUAAUGACAACAACAGUGACAUCGUCAACUUGGAGCUGCGACAAGAAGGUGACAACUUCCCCAGACCUCCUCCAGGGGAUUCUGGAAGACUUGACGAGGACGACGUCGGUCCGCCAGGAGUCUCAGGUGGGGGCGGAGCCAAGAAACGGCUGGCAGCUCCGACUCUCAGCCUGACGCUGAGCCACGCCGACUCCCACGAGCAAAGUCGCGACACCGUCUCCGCCGCGGCGCUCUCGUCCACGCUGUCGCUCGACAUCAACCUAGAGGCGCUGGAGACGCCGUCGGACAGCGAGGCGGAGUCUGACGGGGCGCACAACCUGGACUGGGACGAUGACUUCCCUCAGACGAAGAGGGAGGGGGCGAGGGGCGCGGCCUGUGGCCAGGGGGAGCCGAGCGGGACGGGCCUGAUGGACCUAGACCAGGUGGACGGCGAAGGGCGCCGCUGGAGGAAGUUCUGCCCGUCCGGCCAGGAAUACAACGUCAACAUGAGCGUCCUGGAGCCGUACCUCCAGGUGCUUUCACACGGAGGUUACUAUGGAGACGGGAUGAACGCCAUCAUCCUCUUCACGUCGUGCUACCUUCCAGAAAACACGGUUGAGGACUACAACUACGUGAUGGAGCACCUGUUCAGGUACAUGGUGGGCACCUUGGACCUGAUGGUGUCCGAGAACUACGUGCUGGUCUUCCUGUGCGCCAUGGCGCCCAGAAACAAGUUUCCGUCCAUCCGAUGGCUGCGCCAGUGCUACACCUCCAUCGACAGGAGGUUGAAGAAGGACCUCAAAGGGCUACUGGUGGUGCAUCCCAGCUGGUACUUCAAAGUCCUGCUCACUGUGGUCAAGCCUUUCAUCAGUGACAAGUUCAGCAAGAAGAUUCGUUUCAUCCAAAAUCUUGACCAACUCUCCCACGUCAUCCCCACCGACCGACUGAUGAUCCCGGACGCCAUCGCUCAGUUUGACCAGCAGUUAAAGAGAUGACGAGAGUCACGCCCACGGCCUGGACACUUCCUAGGGACCAGGGAUUCCACAGUGACAGGACGUGGCCGGUUUGGGGGGAGUGAAGAAAGAAACAAUACGCCCGUUUUUUCCCCCAAAAGUUGCUGGAUUUUUAAGUUCCUGGAACUUUAGGUUCCAGGGAACAAAUAUUCCAGGGAAUAGGUUCCACUGACUAAAGGUUUCAGAGACUAAAGGUGCCUGGAACUUUUGGUUCCAGUGGCCAAAGAUUUCAGAGACUAAAGGUGCCUGGAACUUUUGGUUCCAGUGACUAAAGGUUUCGAGGACUAAAGGCUCCUGGAACUUUAGGUUCCAGUGACUAAAGGUUUCAGGGACUAAAGGUUCCUGGAACGUUAAGUUCCAGUGACUAAAGGUUUCAGAGACUAAAGGUUCCUGGAACUUUAGGUUCCAGUGACUAAAGGUUUCAGGGUCUAAAGGUUCCUGGAACUUUAGGUUCCAGUGACUAAAGGUUUCAGGGUCUAAAGGUUCCUGGAACUUUAGGUUCCAGUGACUAAAGGUUUCAGGGACUAAAUAUUCCUGGAGCUUUAGGUUCCAGUGACUAAAAUUUCCACUGACUAAAGGAUUCAGAGACUAAAUGUGCCUGAAAUUCUAGGUUCCAGUGACUAAAGGUGCCCGGAACUCUAGGUUUCAGUGACUAAAAGUUUCAGGAACUUAAGGUUCCAGUGACUACAGGUUUCAGAGACUAAAGGUUCCUAGAACUUUAGAUUAAAGUGACUAAAGGUUUCAGGGACUAAAGGUUCCUGGAACUUUAGGUUCCAGUGACUAAAGUUUCCACUGACUAAAGGAUUCAGAGACUAAAGGUGCCUGGAACUCUAGGUCCCAGUGACUAAAGUUGCCUGGAACUCUAGGUUCCAGUGACUAAAGGUUUCAGGGUCUAAAGGUUUCUGGAACUUUAGGUUCCAGUGACUACAGGUUUCAGCGACUAAAGGUUCCUGGAACUCUAGGUUCCAGUGACUAAAGGCUCCUGGAACUUUAGGUUCCAGGGAACAAAUAUUCCAGGGAAUAGGUUCCACUGACUAAAGGUUUCAGAGACUAAAGGUGCCUGGAACUUUUGGUUCCAGUGGCCAAAGGUUUCAGAGACUAAAGGUGCCUGGAACUUUUGGUUCCAGUGACUAAAGGUUUCGAGGACUAAAGGCUCCUGGAACUUUAGGUUCCAGUGACUCAAGGUUUCAGGGACUAAAGGUUCCUGGAACGUUAAGUUCCAGUGACUAAAGGUUUCAGAGACUAAAGGUUCCUGGAACUUUAGGUUCCAGUGACUAAAGGUUUCAGGGUCUAAAGGUUCCUGGAACUUUAGGUUCCAGUGACUAAAGGUUUCAGGGUCUAAAGGUUCCUGGAACUUUAGGUUCCAGUGACUAAAGGUUUCAGGGACUAAAUAUUCCUGGAGCUUUAGGUUCCAGUGACUAAAAUUUCCACUGACUAAAGGAUUCAGAGACUAAAUGUGCCUGAAAUUCUAGGUUCCAGUGACUAAAGGUGCCCGGAACUCUAGGUUUCAGUGACUAAAAGUUUCAGGAACUUAAGGUUCCAGUGACUACAGGUUUCAGAGACUAAAGGUUCCUAGAACUUUAGAUUAAAGUGACUAAAGGUUUCAGGGACUAAAGGUUCCUGGAACUUUAGGUUCCAGUGACUAAAGUUUCCACUGACUAAAGGAUUCAGAGACUAAAGGUGCCUGGAACUCUAGGUCCCAGUGACUAAAGUUGCCUGGAACUCUAGGUUCCAGUGACUAAAGGUUUCAGGGUCUAAAGGUUUCUGGAACUUUAGGUUCCAGUGACUACAGGUUUCAGCGACUAAAGGUUCCUGGAACUCUAGGUUCCAGUGACUAAAGGCUCCUGGAACUUUAGGUUCCAGGGAACAAAUAUUCCAGGGAAUAGGUUCCACUGACUAAAGGUUUCAGAGACUAAAGGUGCCUGGAACUUUUGGUUCCAGUGGCCAAAGGUUUCAGAGACUAAAGGUGCCUGGAACUUUUGGUUCCAGUGACUAAAGGUUUCGAGGACUAAAGGCUCCUGGAACUUUAGGUUCCAGUGACUCAAGGUUUCAGGGACUAAAGGUUCCUGGAACGUUAAGUUCCAGUGACUAAAGGUUUCAGAGACUAAAGGUUCCUGGAACUUUAGGUUCCAGUGACUAAAGGUUUCAGGGUCUAAAGGUUCCUGGAACUUUAGGUUCCAGUGACUAAAGGUUUCAGGGUCUAAAGGUUCCUGGAACUUUAGGUUCCAGUGACUAAAGGUUUCAGGGACUAAAUAUUCCUGGAGUUUUAGGUUCCAGUGACUAAAAUUUCCACUGACUAAAGGAUUCAGAGACUAAAUGUGCCUGAAAUUCUAGGUUCCAGUGACUAAAGGUGCCCGGAACUCUAGGUUUCAGUGACUAAAAGUUUCAGGAACUUAAGGUUCCAGUGACUACAGGUUUCAGAGACUAAAGGUUCCUAGAACUUUAGAUUAAAGUGACUAAAGGUUUCAGGGACUAAAGGUUCCUGGAACUUUAGGUUCCAGUGACUAAAGUUUCCACUGACUAAAGGAUUCAGAGACUAAAGGUGCCUGGAACUCUAGGUCCCAGUGACUAAAGUUGCCUGGAACUCUAGGUUCCAGUGACUAAAGGUUUCAGGGUCUAAAGGUUUCUGGAACUUUAGGUUCCAGUGACUACAGGUUUCAGCGACUAAAGGUUCCUGGAACUCUAGGUUCCAGUGACUAAAGGCUCCUGGAACUUUAGGUUCCAGGGAACAAAUAUUCCAGGGAAUAGGUUCCACUGACUAAAGGUUUCAGAGACUAAAGGUGCCUGGAACUUUUGGUUCCAGUGGCCAAAGGUUUCAGAGACUAAAGGUGCCUGGAACUUUUGGUUCCAGUGACUAAAGGUUUCGAGGACUAAAGGCUCCUGGAACUUUAGGUUCCAGUGACUCAAGGUUUCAGGGACUAAAGGUUCCUGGAACGUUAAGUUCCAGUGACUAAAGGUUUCAGAGACUAAAGGUUCCUGGAACUUUAGGUUCCAGUGACUAAAGGUUUCAGGGUCUAAAGGUUCCUGGAACUUUAGGUUCCAGUGACUAAAGGUUUCAGGGUCUAAAGGUUCCUGGAACUUUAGGUUCCAGUGACUAAAGGUUUCAGGGACUAAAUAUUCCUGGAGCUUUAGGUUCCAGUGACUAAAAUUUCCACUGACUAAAGGAUUCAGAGACUAAAUGUGCCUGAAAUUCUAGGUUCCAGUGACUAAAGGUGCCCGGAACUCUAGGUUUCAGUGACUAAAAGUUUCAGGAACUUAAGGUUCCAGUGACUACAGGUUUCAGAGAAUAAAGGUUCCUAGAACUUUAGAUUAAAGUGACUAAAGGUUUCAGGGACUAAAGGUUCCUGGAACUUUAGGUUCCAGUGACUAAAGUUUUCACUGACUAAAGGAUUCAGAGACUAAAGGUGCCUGGAACUCUAGGUCCCAGUGACUAAAGUUGCCUGGAACUCUAGGUUCCAGUGACUAAAGGUUUCAGGGUCUAAAGGUUUCUGGAACUUUAGGUUCCAGUGACUACAGGUUUCAGCGACUAAAGUUUCCUGGAACUCUAGGUUCCAGUGACUAAAGGCUCCUGGAACUUUAGGUUCCAAUGACUAAAGGUUUCAGAGACUAAAGGUUCCUGGAACUUUAGGUUCCAGUGACUAAAGGUUCCUGAAACUUUAAGUUCCAGGGACUAAAGAUUUCAGGAACUUUAGGUUCCAGAGAAUAGGUUUCCGGGACCAUAGGUUCCUUUGGACCACAGGUUCGAGGUACUAAACAUUCCAUGGACAUUCCAAAUAUAUAUAUAUAUAUAUAUAUAUAUAUAUAUAUAUAUCUCAAAACAAGAACUUACCUGAGGUUUGCGGGUGGACUGACUUUGCUCCACCCCUCUGACGCACUUCUUUUGUUGUCUUCACUUCCUCCUUCCUCCGACAGUUGACGCCAGCUGUGCAGACCAGUUCUUCUGGGAGUUUGUUGUCAAUACACCUCUCCAGGACGUAAUCCUUUUGGCAUGGUCUUGUUAGUAAAGCACCGCUGGAGAUCAACAAGGUCAUUCUUCCCGAAGAGGUGCAUUGUGGGGACUUUCAAACAACACCAGAAGAACUGGGGCCUCAUGUAUUAAGAGUUGUGUGCAUUUCCUACUAAAAACUAGUGCACGCAGACUUUCCAGAUGUCUUAAAGCAGGGGUCACCAACCUUUUAGAAACCAAGAGCUACUUCUUUGGUACUGAUUAAUGCGAAGGGCUACCAGUUUGAUACACACUUAAAUAAAUUGCCAGAAAUAGCCAAUUUGCUCAAUUUACCUUUAAUAAAUAAAUCUAUAUAUAUUAAAAAAUGGGUAUUUCUGUCUGUCAUUCCGUCGUACAUUUUUUUUCCUUUCACGGAAGGUUUUUUGUGGGAAUAAAUGAUGAAAAAAACAGUUAAUAGAACGGUUUAAAAGAGGAAAAAACAGGAAAAAAAAUGAAAAUUAAAUUUUGAAACAUAGUUUAUCUUCAAUUACGACUCUUUAAAAUUCAACCCAAAAAAAAUGAAGAGAAAAACUAGCUAAUUCGAAUCUUUUUGAAAAAAAUUUAAAAAUAAUUUAUGGAACAUCAUUAGUAAUUUUUCCUGAUUAAGAUUAAUUUCAGAAUUUUGAUGACAUUUUUUAAAUAGGUUAAAAACCAAUCUGCACUUUGUUAGAAUGUAUAACAAAUUGGACCAAGCUAUAUUUCUAACAAAGACAAAUCGUUAUUUCUUCUAGAUUUUCCAGAACAAAAAUUUUAAAAUAAAUUCAAAAGACUUUGAAAUAAGAUUUAAAUUUGAUUAUACAGAUUUUCUAGAUUUGCCAAAAUAUAUAUUUUUUUAUUUUAAUCACAAUAAGUUUGAAGAAAUAUUUAACAAAUAUUUUUCGUCGGAAAAACAGAAGCUAAAAUGAAGAAUUAAAUUAAAAUGUAUUUAUUAUUCCUUACAAUAAAAAAAAAAAAUACUUGAACAUUGAUUUAAAUUGUCAGGAAAGAAAAAGAAGGAAUUUAAAAGGCAAAAAGGUAUAUGUGUUUAAAAAUCCUAAAAUCAUUUUUAAGGUUGUAUUUUUCUCUUUAAAAGAAGCAAAGUAAAAACAUAAAUGAAUUUAUUUAAACAAGUGAAGACCAAGUCUUUAAAAUAUUGUCUUGGAUUUUCAAAUUCUAUUUGAGUUUUGUCUCUCUUAGAAUUAAAAAUGUCGAGCAAAGCGAGAUCAGCUUGCUAGUAAAUAAAUACAAUUUAAAAAAUUGAGGCAGCUCACUGGUAAGUGCUGCUAUUUGAGCUAUUUUUAGAACAGGCCAGUGGGCGACUCAUCUGGUCCUUACGGGCUACCGCGUUGGUGACCCCUGUUUUAAAGUGCGUGCUGGCAUUUCUUCUCCCAUCUCCUUAUGUUUGGAUUAUUAUCAUUAUUAAAAGUACUGCACUUUUUUCUA